AUGCCACCAAAAACUCAUCGUAAAAAGCCCUUUAGUGGGAAACAAAAGAAGCUCCAGUUACAAAACAGAAAUGCCAGAAAACAAGCAAAAGAAAGUCUUCGAGACGAAAGUUCUUUUGACUAUCUUUGCAAACAGGUGGAUAAACAAACGGCUUCUUUAUCUGAUAGCUUUGUCCCUUCUUCUAAUGGUUCGGACCUGAAGCCUGUCGACUUUUCGCAUAAACAGAUACAGGAUAAUAGUAGAAAGCUUGUGUCUGUAUUUGAACGAUUGAGUCCACAAGAAAUUGAAGCAGAAAAGUUAAAGAGUAUGCAACCUCUUGAACGUCUUCCCAAGGAAUGUUUGGAAAUCAAACCCAAUGAAUUCAAUGUAUUCAUUGAAUUUCCAAAGCGACCUACAUGGAAUUAUGACAUGACCAAGGAACAAGUGGAGGAACAAGAAACAAACAGCUUUAAUGAAUGGAUCGAAUCAAUUGAGGAAACCUAUGGUCAAAAUCAACAAUUAAGUUGGUUUGAACGCAACCUUGAGGUGUGGCGACAACUGUGGCGAGUCCUUGAAAUCAGUGAUAUUGUGAUCAUUGUGAUGGACAUUCGAAAUCCUAUGUUGCAUUUCCCUCGCUCAUUGUAUCGUUAUGUAACUCACACACUCAAGAGAAAAAUCAUUGGUGUCUUUAACAAAGUAGACUUAGUCUCUGAAUUUACUGUGUUUGCUUGGCGCAAGUAUUUUGAAGAAGAAUUCCCAGAGCUGCGUAUCUCUAAAUUCAGCUGUUAUCCUCGAGAUACCAGCCUCAUUGAUGAUACAGCUACUUAUGCCCUCAAGAAACAAGCAAAAAGACCUAAAAAGCGUUAUUUUCAUGCACAAGGUGUGAAAGAUAUACUGUCUUUAUGUCGAGACAUUGUAGAUAAGCCAGGUGUCGAGGUAGAUUGGAAAUCAAUUAUAGCCCAGUAUGAUCAAGAUCAUUCUGAUCAAGAGAGCGAUUUAGAUGAUGAUAACGGCAGUGAUACAGGCAGCAUGGAUGGAUUAGAUGAUGAAUUCAGCCGUAUUUUAGAUAUUACUGGCCAAGAAAUCAAACCACACCAAGACUAUAUUACUCUUGGAUUAGUAGGUCAUCCUAAUGUAGGCAAAAGUAGUUUGAUCAACAGCAUCAUGAAAAGAGCGGUUGUUAGUGCAAGUCGUACGCCAGGCCAUACAAAGCAUUUUCAAACGAUCCAUAUUUCGCAUAAUGUUCGUCUUUGUGAUUCACCAGGUCUUGUGUUUCCUGCUUUGAUUCCAAAAGCAUUACAGAUCCUUUCUGGCAUGUAUCCAAUCGCACAAGUUCAAGAGCCUUAUAGCUCUAUUCGAUACCUUGCAGAGCAUAUUCUAUUAGAAAAAGUAUUAUCACUUACUCCACCAGAAGGAUUUGAAAGAAUGAAAGAUUACCAAUGGACAGCAUGGUCUAUUUGUGAGCAAUUUGCUGAACAAAGGGGAUUUCAUACGGCCAAGGCUGCAAGACCUGAUGUUUAUAGAGCUGCUAAUACAAUCCUUCGUUUGGCAGCAGAGGGUCGGAUUCUGCUCUCUUUUAAACCUCCUGGAUUCUUCACCUCAACAAAAUAUGAAAAAUUGCGUGUCAUAGAAGCGGAUCAGAGUGCACAAGAAGAAGAGGAAGACGAUAAUUCUCAAGAUGAAUUUGAUCCAUGCAAUGGAAGAAAGAAUUUACUGAUCUUAAAAGGCGGUAGAUUUAGUGUUUUUAACGAAUAAAUACUCAUUGAUUCUUUGUACCAAAAAUAAACCUGUCAAGUUUUAAAUGAGAAUUAACAUAUUGUUUAAUUUCUCUUUAUUUCAU